CGCCCCCACACGUCAAACUAAUCAAAGAGCUUACCGUCUCCUUCUCCGAAGCACCACGAUAGCCACGACACAAACGCAGAACAGGAGCAGCGCAACUCCGAGUGCGCCGAAGAGGACGGCGUAAAACCCUGAACCCCAGCGCGAGACCGUUGAGCAGUCGGUCUCGCCGGCCUGCAUCGGUGUCAGGAAACGCAGGGACGGAUAUGAGGCUUCUGUUUCUGACCCCGCUGGGGAGACGGCUGAUGUCUGGAGCGUCAAGGCCACCCGACGCUAACAAUCCAAAACCGUUCUUCCCCCUCAGGAACUGUACCUCGAAUGAUGCGACCAGCGCCAGGCCAGAACUAUCCCCGUACUGGAUUCCCUUUGGAAGUGUCUACUCCUCUGGGUCAAGGUCGGGUGAAUCAGCUCGGUGGAGUGUUCAUCAACGGAAGGCCCCUGCCAAAUCAUAUUCGGCACAAGAUCGUAGAGAUGGCGCACCACGGAAUCCGACCCUGCGUGAUCUCGCGACAACUUCGCGUUUCCCACGGUUGUGUGUCCAAAAUUCUUUGCCGAUACCAGGAGACAGGUUCGAUCCGUCCUGGGGCAAUAGGUGGAAGCAAACCCAGGCAGGUAGCAACGCCCGACGUGGAAAAGCGGAUCGAGGAGUACAAGCGCGAAAACCCGGGCAUGUUCAGCUGGGAGAUCCGGGAUAAGUUGCUGAAGGACGGAGUGUGUGACAGAAGCACAGUUCCUUCAGGUGAGGCCUCACCUGUGAGCUCCAUCAGCCGGGUUCUGAGGGCCCGCUUUGGCAAGAAAGACGAUGAAGACGAGUGCGAUAAAAAGGAUGAGGACGGAGAAAAGAAAACCAAACACAGUAUCGACGGCAUCCUGGGCGAUAAAGGUAACCGCAUGGACGAGGGCUCGGACGUGGAGUCGGAGCCGGACCUGCCCCUGAAGAGGAAGCAGAGACGGAGCCGCACCACCUUCACCGCCGAGCAGCUGGAGGAGCUGGAGAAGGCCUUCGAGCGCACACACUACCCCGACAUCUACACCCGCGAGGAGCUGGCCCAGAGGACCAAGCUGACUGAGGCCCGCGUGCAGGUGUGGUUCAGCAACCGAAGGGCCAGGUGGCGCAAGCAGGCGGGAGCCAAUCAGCUGGCUGCGUUUAACCACCUGUUACCAGGCGGAUUCCCGCCCACUGGAAUGCCCACCCUUCCAACGUACCAGCUCCCCGAGUCUACCUACCCCACCGCUGCACUGUCACAGGAUGGCGGCAGUACGGUACACCGUCCCCAGCCGCUACCCCCCUCCACCAUGCACCAGGGGGGGUUGCCGGGCGACAGCGGCUCCGCCUACGGCCUCUCGUCCAAUCGGCACGGCUUCUCCAGCUACUCGGACACCUUCAUGAGCCCGUCGGCCUCCAGCAACCACAUGAACCCGGUCAGCAACGGCCUCUCCCCGCAGGUGAUGAGCAUCCUUAGCAACCCCAGCGCCGUGCCCCCCCAGUCCCAGCACGACUUCUCCAUCUCCCCCCUGCACGGCGGCCUGGACUCCUCCAACCCCAUCACGGCCAGCUGCAGCCAGCGCUCCGACUCCAUCAAGGGCGUGGACAGCCUGGCCUCCUCCCAGUCCUACUGCCCCCCCACCUACAGCACCACCAGCUACAGCGUGGACCCCGUCGCCGCCGGAUACCAGUACAGCCAGUACGGCCAGACUGCCGUGGACUACCUGGCGAAGAACGUGAGCUUGUCCACGCAGCGGAGGAUGAAGCUGGGGGAGCACUCGGCCGUGCUGGGCCUGCUGCAGGUGGAGACGGGCCAGGCGUACUGAGUCCCCACAAGAACUACGGUCCCCACUUCACCAGCACUCUGCCACACGCCCCCUCUCCAUCAAACCAGCCACAACAGC